GCACCCGGUUGAAAACAAAAUCCCACGUGACUGGCUCUGCUCUCAGGCCAUCAUGGCGUCUCCCAGUGGGAAGGGAGCCCGGGCGCCGGAGGCUCCUGGCUGCGGGCCCCGGCCGCUCGCCCGGGACCUGGUGGAUUCCGUGGACGACGCAGAGGGGCUGUACGUGGCUGUAGAGCGCUGUCCGCUGUGCAAUACUACCCGCCGGCGGCUGACCUGCGCCAAAUGCGUUCAGAGCGGCGAUUUCGUCUACUUCGACGGCCGCGACCGGGAGAGGUUCGUUGACAAGAAGGAAAGGUUAAGCCGACUUAAGAGCAAACAAGAAGAAUUUCAAAAAGAAGUGUUAAAAGCUAUGGAAGGAAAAUGGAUAACAGAUCAGUUGAGAUGGAAAAUAAUGUCCUGCAAGAUGAGGAUUGAACAGUUAAAACAAACAAUAUGUAAAGGAAAUGAAGAAAUGAAGAAAAAUUCCGAAGGUCUUCUCAAAACCAAGGAGAAGAAUCAAAAGCUUUACAGUCGAGCACAGCGGCACCAAGAGAAAAAGGAGAAGAUUCAAAGGCAUAAUCGCAAACUUGGUGACCUGGUAGAGAAAAAGACCAUUGACUUAAGAAGUCAUUAUGAGCGUCUGGCAAAUCUUCGACGAUCCCAUAUAUUAGAGCUCACUUCUGUCAUUUUCCCAAUCGAGGAAGUAAAGACUGGUGUGAGAGAUCCCGCAGAUGUGUCUUCAGAGAGUGACAGUGCCAUGACCUCCAGCACUGUGAGCAAGCUUGCCGAAGCCCGGAGGACAACUUACCUCUCAGGACGAUGGGUCUGCGAUGAUCACAAUGGAGACACCAGCAUUAGCAUUACAGGGCCUUGGAUUAGCCUCCCGAACAAUGGGGACUACUCUGCCUACUACAGCUGGGUGGAGGAGAAGAAAACAACCCAGGGGCCUGACAUGGAGCAGAGUAACCCUGCCUACACCAUCAGUGCUGCGCUGUGCUAUGCAACUCAGCUGGUCAACAUUCUGUCUCAUAUACUUGAUGUAAAUCUUCCCAAAAAGCUGUGCAACAGUGAAUUUUGUGGCGAAAAUCUAAGCAAGCAGAAGUUUACUCGGGCAGUGAAGAAACUGAACGCAAAUAUUCUUUAUCUUUGUUUUUCUCAGCAUGUAAAUUUAGAUCAAUUACAACCACUGCAUACCCUCAGGAAUCUAAUGUACCUGGUCAGUCCGAGCUCUGAACACCUAGGCAGGUCAGGGCCCUUUGAAGUGCGAGCAGACCUUGAGGAGUCCAUGGAAUUUGUGGAUCCCGGAGUUGCUGGAGAAUCAGAUGAGAGUGGAGACGAGCACGUAAGCGAUGAAGAAACUGACCUGGGCACAGACUGGGAGAACCUGCCUAGUCCCCGGUUUUGUGAUAUCCCUUCCCAGCCUGUGGAAGUCUCCCAGAGUCAGAGCAGCCAGGCGUCCCCACCCAUCGCAAGCAGCAGUGCAGGUGGGAUGAUCUCCUCUGCAGCAGCCUCAGUGACCUCCUGGUUUAAAGCUUACACUGGACACCGUUAACGAGCAUGGACUAAAACAUGCCAAAUCUGCAUCAAGAAAGUUCUCCCACUACACUCUAGUCAACAUUAUCUGUUUAGUUAAGAUAGUGCCUGGAA